UGUACACAAUGCAAGUAUAAUUGACACAGGUGUAACAGUAUUUAAUUAUUGAGUUUACAGUUAAUCGGUGUUUGAUAUAUUCAUUAACAUUUGGAAUUUUCUACUUUUUAUUAAUUAAUCGAUACAUUAUGCCUUUACACUCAGACGUGAAUGAUAAAAUUCAGGACAAUGAAAGGGAGGCAGUAAAGUACCUCAACACGUACCGUUUAGAAGCUCACAAUCCUUUUAAAAUUGAUCCAGUGGAUAGAAUUGUAGAGACAACAAUGAUUAAUAAACUCGAAGAUAUCUCGUAUGAUGCAACAACUUGCCCUCAAGUUUGUAAAUCAGUGGCUGCUGAUAUUAAAGAAAAAAUAAGGAAAUUAAACUUUGACAGAUAUAAAAUUGUAGUUAAUGUGACUAUUAUAGAAAAGACAGGACAAUCCAUCCAAAGUUCAGUGGGAUUUCUCUGGGAUUCCGAGAAAGACAAUUAUUCUACAUUUUCCUACGAAGCUCGAACAUUUCACGCUUACUGUUGUGUAUUCGGUAUUUAUUACGAAUAA